UUUAUGAGCCAUUCAUAAGAGUGCUACAACAGAGAAAAAUCAUAUUGUGUUUUUUUUUAUUAAAAUAAAAGUUUUUUUCUUACGCCGAUUUAGUGCUUAUUCCGAUUUGUUUAUGCGAUAAUCAAUUAGUAGCUAAUCAUAAUUGGAUCGUUGAUUACGCAUAAUUGAGGCACUAUGUCAUUUAUUGAGAAAAACCCGUAUUCGUCAAGCUAUAUUGACAAAAAGGAAAGCAUUUCAGAGCAAGAUUCACCUCGACGUCUCAAAGUGGCUUUGAAAUAUUUUGGAUCGGAUGAAAAGAUUCACAACGAUAGCCAUUCGACAAUAGAUGCAUGCACAAAUAAUCAUAUCGAAACAACUGAAAUGAACGAAGCAGCCGCUGUCAAUGAAUCAGUUAAAUCGUUCGAUGGGAUCGUGCCUAAGGAUGAUGACGAAAGAUUCUGUUUUGAUACGGACAUAUUUCGUGUUUAUUGUAAAUGUACCGAAUGUCUGCAGUAUCGUGAAGUUUUGAUUCAAUUAGUACUCGAAGACCAUGAAUACAACACGCUGUGGGAUCGUUUGAAGGCUCUUAUUCGAGAAUUUUAUGAUGUUAUUCCACAAAAUCCAGUGCCGUAUGAAAAUUCAAUGGAUGCCAAGUACGAGGAGUUAAUUAAUAUGCAAGCAAAAUGGUUCACCGAUGGCCACAUUGAUAAGCAGAAAAAUAUACAGUUGUCAUUAAGCUCACAGUUGCCGCUUACAAAUGAAAUGACAUUUAUUCUGGUGUUUACAAUGUUGUACACACGUGAUCCUCAUCAAUUAUUUCAAUUAUUGUGUAUUCAAUUGCGAUGCAUUUCGAUUGCGUACAGUGAUGGAUUGAAAAAAAUGCUAACAACCAAUGGGGAGGAUGAAACUCCAACCUAUAAUCCGGUUGAAUUACUGAUAUUCAUCUUAGAUGGUUAUGAUAAGUUUUGCAAUACGGCCAAGAAAUUAUCGUCACUAUUGAUUGAAUUGCAACGUGAUCAUUUGAAGGGUUUUUCAUUGACAUGGACAAUACUAAAUAAGCGCAUGUAUCAACGAUAUGUUUAUAUGGAAAUUCAAGACCUAAUACCGGAAUGCAUAAUAAAACUAAAGGAUUUGCUUGAACCGGAAGAGUACAGUACAAUGGCACACAGACUGAUUCGUUUCGAUGAAGAUAUGACAUCGACAACGAAAAAUUGGUCACAAGUAUGGUCAUUGCUACAGGAAUUUCAUAUGGAAUUGGAAGAUACGGAACGAAGAAAGCGAAUAAGUUGUAUUCAAGAUUUAUUGAAAGCGAUUCGUGACUGUGAAUUUGAUUUUUCGCCUUAUGAAAAACUCUUAAAACGGGAAAAUUCCGAAAAAAUGCAAUGGAUCAAAAUGGAAAAUCGUGAUGAAGCCUGGGUUUUAACCGUCGACUAUCUGAAGCGUGUUUGGCAGGAAAAGGACGACUCUCGUUUAUAUGCAAGUGUUCGAAAUGAACAAUGCAUUACAUGUGAUUCGGAAUUGGGAAGUCACUAUACCGAUUGUGAUUGUGUGACUUGCUUAUUUGCUGGUGGGCCUUGUAGCAAUCAAGGAAAAGAGGUGCUUGAAAAAUUCCACUGUACGAAGUGUUCAUUUUAUGAUAAACUCGACUAUAUGGAUUACAUAAAAAAAGACAUAAACAAACGGCUAAGAGGGACAUCGGAUAAAUCACUGCCAAACACAGAUGAUGAUCUAGAUGAUGAGAUAACGUUAACAAUGCUAGAAAAUCACUGUUAUCAUCUGUCGUGGGCUGUCUUCAAACAUAUGCCAUUGCGAAAGGUUUACAAUGUAACGAAUUUCAAUGCGCGACAUUUUUGUUCAUUUCAAGAUCCGCCAUGCAUGAGAAACGAAUGUCGUGUUGCAACACAUAUCAUCGCCGGCCUUUAUCCGCUUAACUUUUCGAAGUUUUUGAUAAAAGCCUAUCAGCCACUAAAAGAAGAGGAACGCAAAGAGCUAAUGAACAUUCAAAAAUUGUAUUUUUCAUAUUUAAUGCAAAAAAUCAGCGACGAUAAAUCACAAAAAGUGGAUAUGCUACAGCAAAUGGAUCUAUUAUGGAAUAUCGAUGAUGCUGAGUAUACACUAUUCUGUGACAUUGGUUCGGCGUUUGCUGAAUGCUAUUUGAUUGAUAUGCCAAUACCUGUACAGGAGUUGCUCGAUUCGUGUUUCAUUCUUGACAAUGACAAUGGUGACAUUGAAUUGAAUACCUAUUGGCUUGAAUGUAUCUAUAUGUUUAAAGAAAGUGAUAAUUCGCCGCUUAAGAAAAUCGAAAAUGAUCCCAAAGUGCUGGAAUUUCAAUUACGCAUGCAAAUGGACCAAAUUAACAGUAUGAGUGAUGUUGGUAAAUUUUCUGCUGCCACAACAAAACUGCUGACAACAACCAAAUUGCUGGAAGUUAAGAGUGGAAAAUUAGAAAAAAACAACGAUAUUGAUACCGAUGAACUUGAAUUUGCCCGUAUCCGACCCGAAUCGUAUGAAAAAUUAAAAGCCCUACUCGAUGUUGUAAAACAUGAAUCGAAAAAUGAGAAAAAAUGUGAUGACAAUCUAACGAAAGAGUGUUCACAUAAUUCGACAGUCAAUAUAAUAAAAACAAAGAAAACAAUAUCAAUCAAUUCAUCGAAAGCCAGUGGUAAUGCAUCAUCACCAACACCGUUCCGUGAAACAAAAUGCAAAAAACAUGAUAUUUGUGAUAAAGAAGACGAUUCAACAUUUGGUGUAAACGAUGCUGUCAAAAUUCGCGUCAAACAACAACUUAAUCAAAAAUUAGAAGCAGAGCUGAAGAGCCUGAAGAAAGAACACAGUGUACUUAAGGACAUGGUUCGGGAUCUUGAGCAAAUCAAAGAAAAUGAUGACAGUCAAUCGUUAGCAAAAAAAGAGAAAGGAAACAGCUCAAACAAUGGCGCACAUCACUGUUGUUCAGAACACUCGGAUUUAUUGGAUAAUCAACAAAACCACCCCAAAAUGUGUCAUCGUGGUGAUGGCCAGUGCACCUGCUACUACUGCACAAUUUUUGGUCAUACGGAGUGCAACCAUGGUAGAACAAAUGAGACACGAGAUCGUUUGCGAAAGCGAUUACAUCAAAUCCACAGUAAGAGCUCAACAAAAACGAUCACAACAAAAACCAUAAAGAAUCCACCUGGUGCUUUGAAAAAAAUGCUAGCGUCAAAAGUGACAGCGACUAAUAGCAGUGCCGGCGCAAGUGGAUCACAGUGUCACAUUUUACCGUCAUCCAUGGCAGCAACCGCAUCAACAUCAUUAUUGAAGCCAGUAGUUGAACAAAAAGAGAAUAGCACAAAUGAAAUUCUCGAAGCUGCAUUACGCGAUGAUUUGGGAAAAGUGAUCACUGCCAAUAAUGCAAAAAUGGCGUCUUCAAAGCCAUCGUCGAGCAAUAGUAAUACAGCCACUGCCAACACGAGUACAAUCAAUGUGAUCGAUCCGAAAACGGCAAAAAAACGUAAAAUAAUAUUGUCGAAUUCCGGUGGUAAGGUCGAACAUACGGGUGACUGUUGUGACACUGAAUCCUGUGAUGAAAAGAAUAAGCAUCGAUCUGAAACGACUGCAUCGAAUUCUGACGCAGAUUCAAGUUUGACGCGUAAAACUAAGCCAACACAACAGCCUGCCAACGAUUUUGCAUCGCUCGAUGAUAUACUUGAUUUUAUCGAAGGCAACACAACCAAUAAAAAAGACUCACAGAAAAAGGCCGCCAAAAAGGCAAAACAAAAACAAAAGAAGGAGGAUGUUAAACGUAUUGAAGAGCUAGAGCAACUUCGUGACCAAUUCCAUGAUGCCUUUUUCAAGGAAUUAGAUGUUAAAAACGAUCUGAAAAGUCUUCGUAGUAUGAAAAAACGUGAUAAAAAGAAAAUUUCUGAACUCGACACAAGUAUUAAAAAAUAUGGCAAAUACAAAGCCAAAAUCGAAUCAAACAUUCUGGAAUUGAUUGGCGUGCUGAAGGCAAACAAUGCCGAUUUUAAAUUCGCUUAUUUACCGACCAAGGAACAACAGCUGGAGAAACAACAGCAAGAUAAACAGCAGCAAACUACACAAGGCAAUCAACCGGUCAUUGCCGAGGUGAUAGGUGACCAAGUGAAGGCCCAGCAAGAAAAGAGCAACAACGUUCGGUUAAUUCAGAAUGAUCAACGUCAAGAGACAUGCGAAUAUACGCUUGAUCAGUCGAAACGAAUGGUAACCAUUCGACGAAUUAAUGUACCGCAUGCUGAACCACAAGUCACAGUCACGGCAAAAGGUAUAUCACCAGACAAAGAUAAGCUGCUCUACACAUUCAUCAAUGGCCAACUGAUUCCAAGCACUAGUGUUGCAUCACAAGCACAAUCACAGCAACAAACUGCUUCGGUUAGUUCCGGUACAAGUGAUAAGGUAACAAAAUCGAAGCAAAAUGUAAAAGCCGAACCUAAAGUAGAAGCUAAAUCAAGUAAAAAACCUAUUGAACCCACAAUGCCUGAUAAAAAUACAAAGAAAAAUGCAAAAGAAAAACAAUUAGGUGAGAAAAAUACAACAAAAGCCAACGAUAAAACGAGUGGUCGCAAAACAUCGCCGGAAAAUACCAAACCGUCAACAUCGAAAUCAACAAAAACCACUACGAAUACAAACACUGCCGCCUCAACAAAAGACAAAGACAAGAAGCAAAAGAAAGGCAAAAAGGAUAUUGACACUGAAGUAGAUAGCAUCACCAAUUCCACCAAGGAACUGACCAUCAACGAAGAGAAACCGAAAAAAGAAAAGAAAAAAGUGAAAGCAAUUAAAUUUGAAUAUGCCGAUCCAAAUUAUAAAGUGAAUCAAUUCGAUUUGUUGGACAUGGACGAAGAUGAUGAUUAUUACAUUGAAUCGUCAUCGGACGAAUCAAUUGAGAAUGAACCGGUGCCUGUACCAAAACCAACGGUUAAUGUUACAAAGUUGCAAACGCCAACGCUGUCACAUCAAUCGUCAGUUGAAUCGCAACCCGCACAACCCGUACAACCAACACAACCAACACAAACCAACAAAAACAAUAAAAAUCAGCAAGCAAAUAAGAAUGCUAAGGCGAUUGAUACAGGGAAAAAGGGUAAAAACGAUUCAAAUGCAAAGGCACAGCCACAAAAAGCGGAUAAAAAACCAUCAACUGAGAGUAACACAGCACCAUCAGCUAAAUCACAGAAACUCAGUAACAAUCAAGCACAACACACAAAUGUGCCAACGAACAAACAAAGCAACGUUGACGAUUCUAAUUUGUCGAAGAAACAAAAGAAGAAAUUGGAGAAGAAAUUGGAGAAGAAACAACAGAAUACGGCACAAGUACAACAACAGCCGAACACAGCACGAUCAUCGUCAAGAGCGGAUGCUGAUUUCCAUUCGAUGAGUUCAUCAAUGCAAAGAAUGCGCUUAGAUUCUGAUGCAAGUGAUGCGACGAAAAAUCAAUCACCAAAUACGAGUGCAUCAAAUGUAAGCAUCAUGGAUCAAUUGAAUCGUGGAGUAAAGGUUGAAGGUCUUAUGCUUCCACCAGGCAUAACAUUGACACGAGUCGACCCACAAUCGGCAGAGGGCAUGCGUGCCAAAAAAGAAGCGAUCUCUCGCAUAUCUCAACCAGUUCCUCAACAAUAUCAACAACCGUUGGAAUAUCAGCGACCGCCGCAAUUCAUAAGUGGCAUGUCAAUGCAGCCCAAUGGUUUAAUAAUGGUUGAUCCAAUGCAGAAUCUUGCGUCGUCCUCAUCAACGACCGAUCAAAACGCAGUGCAAACUCCGAAUUCGAAGAAAAAUCGCAAAAAUCGAAAGAAAAACAAGAACAAAGCAGAAGAAGAGAGUGUCGACGAACAAACGAAUCUUGUUACACUGCGAAAUCCAUUAUUCACACCAGGCGAUCCAAGUCGAACACAACCACCGGCACCAGUGCAACAACGAAAUCAAAUGGCAAUGGGUAUCAAUCAACCGGCAUCCAUAACCAAGAACGACAAUGGCAUGUUUACCAUUCGAAAUAUGGCCUUACAACAGGCCCUAUCCAAUGGUGCUGCACCAAAUUAUCGUUUGUAUCCGAAUGAUCCGAUUUAUCAACCACAAGAAAUGAAUGUCGACAAUUACUCGUAUUUUUCGGGCAACACGGCCAGCAAUGCGGUUACCAAUCCAAAUAAUUCCACAAAUCCAACAUCAGCUAGUUCAGUAAUUGGUCAAGAGGUUUUACAAUCGAGCAGCUCACCAAAAGCAUCGGCCACAGCAAUCGGUAGCGAACGAAGCCUACGAAAACAACAACAAUCAUAUGCAAGCAUGAAUGGUGGUGACAUGUACAAUAGCAUGCAUAUGGACCAAAAACGGCCAUACUCAUCGUUUGAUGUGAACACCAAUUAUGGUUUUAAUAGUGAUUUCAUUGGACAAAACAAUCCCGCGAUUCAACAACAAAAUCAAUAUUAUCAACAUGUCAAUGGUGGAUUUCCGUAUGGCAAUCAAACACAAACCGACAAUACAACCAGUUUAUUUGGUAGUCGAACACAAAGUUCAUUAUCGAACGCACAUUGCUGUGAUGAUACUCCGCCAACGCAUGAUCCGUACAGAACAAAAACCGACGAUAGCUCAUUUUUCAAAAAGUUCGAUGAUGAUUCAUCGUUUUUACAUGGCUUACAUCCUGGACAACGAUUGAACAGUGAGGUGACAAUACAUAAUAUCAAUGACCCGAAAUUCAAUCGAAAACCAGCAUCACUUAAUUUAAGAGACGGUGUUGAAAUAACACGGAUCAAUGGUCCCGAUGGUGGUUUCACAAAUCCAAAUCUGGCUGUUGGCAGUCAGCGGCCGACCUCUUCUUCUAUUGUUGUUGCUGCUGCUGCUGCGGCUGCAGCUGUCAAUGAUGAUUUGAACAAUAGUGCAAAUUCUGAGUUUGGAGAAAAUGUUUUUGUUCCAAACUCGGCGGUAAAUCUCAGCGAACUUGAGACUGAUGAGCGGGAAAUUGAAUCGUUCAAACGUUUUAACUACUAUUACGAACCUCCGAAAAAUAAACCAAAAGUAAAUCUUGAUGUGAAAGGCAUUGUGGUAGCUAAAAAACAGCCUGCAUCAAAUAAUUCCUCACCAUAUUUUGGCGAAUUAGCUGGAUCAUCUCUCAGUAACACUCCGCGUCUCGACGACGACCUUUAUCCCGAAUUAAAUGCAUUUAAGUCGAAUAGUGGCGAUCCGACCAUAGAUCCAACAACUCGAAUUCAAUUGGACAAUUUUUUACACGGUAUCAUUGGUGAUGAUCUGAAAACUGAUCACAAUUAGACUUUGAUUGUAUGUCAGAAAUAUGAUACACUACACUUUACACCAAGAACAGUAACAAUAAACAGAGAAACGAGAUAAAAUGAAAGAAUAUGUAAAAAAGAAAACAAACAGAAGCUUAAGGGAAGAAAUCGAAAUAAAAACA